AGACUUUAAAGCUUGAGAAGGACUUACGUCAAUUGUGAGUGAAAUUCAUUCUUACAAUUCACUAUGAUCAGAUAAUGAACAAAAUUACUGAUUCAGAAAAGCUGGGAAGAAAACAAAUGAAACUUGACUUGAAAGUUUCUCAUCAAUUUUUCUGCAUUCUAAAAAAUUGUCAUUUUUCCACUAUAAACAACAUUAUUACACAUUCAUUUUUAUAAUCCAUGAUAUUGUAGCAUGCAAAAUAAUUAUAAAACCCAUGCAAACCAGAUUUACUUUGUUCCAAGUUGUACUACCAAUCACCUGUGGAUUUUAUGCCAUGAAUUUGAAACACUGUUGUCAUUCAAUGCUCUAUGUUGGUUGUAGCAGACAUUUUCCAAAAGGAAUUCCACAGCUUUUCUACCUGAAUGUACCUCUUAUACUAGGUUCUGGCCCUUGCACUUGCAGAGGUGUUCCGUAA